AUGAUUUCGGGGGAGAAUACCGGUAGAAUGUUACCCACCCCCAAAGUCAAAGAUUCUUCCAAUGACUGUAAGGUUUUCCGAUUCACGCCAACCGUUUCGGAUUAUGUUACCGAGAAGUAG